UCACAUUGUGAGCGACGAACACAAUCGAUUCCGGCACAUUCGGUACUGUUCUACCACGACGGUUUACGAUCGCAGUGCGAAACUACCCGGGUCGCUAGUAUUCGCCGCGAUGUGAAUGAGUGAGGGCGUGCCUUUAGGCUAGGUUAAGUUUUAGUUCGAUUAUAUUAAUUUAAUAGUAUUUUCUAAGUAAACAUAUAAACAUGAAUACGCGUGGUAGACACCUAGUUAAUUUGGUAAAGGGAACCGAGCAACAGCAGCAAUUUGAAUCAUUAAAUGUAACAAAUGACAAGCGCCCCGAAUCUCCGGUACCUUAUGAAGAGUACACCGAAGAAGAAAGUAGAGUUUUAAAUAAUAUUUAUGACGACAUAUUUCCCAAUUCACCUCCAAGACAUGGUGAGAUUAGUUAUAGUCUAGACGAGAAGUCGUGCGAAAUAUUUCCUAUAUCAUCUCCAAGGCUUGGUGAGAUUACUUUUAGUAUUGACGAGAAGUCCUGCAAUGUUCUGACCGACUGUGUAAGUCAGGUUACACCUAUACCAUUAGCCUCCUCUGAAGAAACCUUGAAUCUCGUAACUAAACCAGAUGACAUGUCAAAUACCAACCAAAAACAUACACCAAUGCCGUCACCUUCUUCAGGACAAGACUUCAGCUGCGAAUCACCAUACCAUGCCCUAAACAAUGAAAUACAAAACAUAGACGAGGUCCUAACAACUCCGCAAACAGCUAAUGACUCUUUAAAUAUUCCAAGUAUUAGUUCCUUGAUUUCAGCAUCUGACAUUGAGAAUCCUGAUACUCCUAGUUCAUCCAUUAUGCGCAAACGAAACAAAAGCUGCAAAACUGAUCCUGGUCGUAAACGAAAACGACACGUAAAUGAUUGGAUUGAUGUUCGUAGGAAGUUGUUAACAAAUACCGGGAAACAGUACGUUUCAAAAAGGGGUAAGGUCAUUCCAUCAAAAUCUAUAAAACCUCCGUGUGCUCCAACCUGCAAACUAAAAUGUUCAAGUCAUUUUACAGACGAUACACGAAAGCUAAUAUUUGAUGAGUUUUGGGCAAUGGCAGAUCAUGCUAGGCAAUGGGAAUUUAUAAACAAAUUUACUAAAAGGAUUGAUAAAAAUAGAAUGACCACGGAGGGUCCAUCAAGAAGAAAAUACACUACAAAGUAUUACUUACCUUUAGCAACAAAUGAUUUAAUCUAUGAGGCUAAACAGAAUGGUCAGAACUCCACAAAUAUAGUAAUACUGCUGAAACUGAAAGACAAUAUAGAGAAAUAG